AUGGCCCAAACAGAGAUCCUUCAAUGCCAAGCGGACCAUGCUUGCUUCCCCGUAGGGGAGGUAGAACUACCAACACGACUCGUCGACCUCAGUAAUUACGCUAACAACUUUAUCACGAUCAAAAACACAGCAGAAGUUGGUAGAAAUACCAAAUACGCCGCCUUAUCGUACUGCUGGGGCAUAUCGAAUACAUUCACAACCACUUCGGCAACAUUAGCCUACCGACAGCAAGGAUUCUCUCCUUCGGCACUGCCCCUCAGUCUGCAAGAUGCUCUUCGAGUAGCGCAAGGACUCCAUAUUCAGUACAUAUGGAUCGACGCAUUAUGCAUCCUUCAAGACUCUGAAGAAGAUUGGUUGUAUGAGUCGGCCAGAAUGGCCAGCGUCUACAAGAACUCUUUCCUCACAAUAGUCGCAGCGAACGCGCCAGACUCCGGCGAUGGCUUCUUUUCUGUAGCUGCACAUCGAUGCCAAAUUCCUGUCGAGCCUCCACACGAGAAUCUCCAGAACACAUCCGUUAUUCUGGACACCGGCGUUAAGUUCAAAGACGAGCCUAUCAGCCGCCGGGCAUGGGCUCUCCAAGAAUGGGAACUGGCUCCCCGGCGGCUGGUUUUUACCUCCUCCAGUAUUCAUUACAUCUGUCCCCGUUCUGCGCUUGAUCAGAUCAAGAUGAAACCUUUUUUUCCCAUGUACAUAGCCUGGCUCCAAAGAGAAGAAGUGUCUGCUUCGUUUUGGGAUGGUCUUGUGCAGAACUAUUCAUCCCGAAGUCUUACCAACCCAGCAGACAGACUUCCUGCAAUAGAGGGGAUGGCUCGGGAAUUUGACACAUUACUGAAUCAUAGGCUGGGUCGCUACUUGGCGGGCCUAUGGGAGAAGCAGCUGGAGAGGAGUUUGCUUUGGCGGCAGGGAGGGGCACUAGACAUUUUCCUGCCUGAAUCUCAGAGAUCCCGGCCAGAGAAAUGGGUGGCUCCGUCAUGGUCAUGGGCAUCUGUGCAAGGAUCCGUUGACUUUGCGUUUGCACAAACCGGAAAGAGCCUCGUGGAUAUCAUUGGUGCCGAAACCACGUUAAACUCCCUCGGAAAUCCUUACGGGAGGGUUAUCUCGGGGUCUCUAACCCUUUCGGGUCCAUGCUUGGCUACCAGAGAUGCAGGCAGUCAUGGUGAAGAUUCCGACGGUACUAGAUGGCUUAAUUAUAAGGACGAAUGGGUCGGGUACCUAUUUCUUGACGCCGACCCAUACAGCCAGGAACAUCACGAGGUGUUGUGGAGACAAGAAACUUUGUAUUUUCUUGGUCUCAGAAGUGAAUGGCUCCCAGAACAAGUCGGCGAGAAUCUUAGGGGACUGGUAUUGAUGGAAAGAUCUCCAUCUUUGUUCUACCGCGUUGGUGCUUUUCUUGACCAGGGAGAGUCAUCGUGGUUUGAGGGGGCAGAAAAGCGAACAUUGAUGAUCUUGUAG